AUGGCCAAACUAGACAUGAAAAAGCCAAGCUACGAAGAAGAUGAAGGCGUUAGUCGUUAUGGAGUUGUAUGUGUUAAUCCAAACCCUAACAAAGGCUUCUCUUCGAUGCUCCUCAACUGGUUCGAGAACCUCAUUGUUAGGUUUAUGUACAACUCUUCUUCGUCUCACCACUUUCUCACCGGUAACUAUGCCCCCGUUCUUCGUGAAACCCCUCCCGUCGACAACCUCCCUCUCCUUGGUUACCUUCCGAAGUGUUUAAAUGGAGAAUUUGUUCGAGUUGGUCCCAAUCCCAAAUUUGCUCCAAUUGCUGGAUUUCAUUGGUUUGAUGGAGAUGGUAUGAUUCAUGGUUUGCGAAUUAAAGAUGGAAAAGCAACAUAUGUGUCUCGUUAUGUUAGAACAUCACGUAUUAAACAAGAAGAAUAUUUUGAACGAGCUAAAUUUACGAAGAUUGGAGACCUAAAAGGAAUUUUUGGCUUACUCAUGGUGAACAUACAAAUGUUAAGAGCAAAACUCAAAGUGUUAGACCUUUCAUAUGGAAAUGGAACAGCUAAUACAGCUCUUACAUAUCAUCAUGGGAAACUUCUAGCAUUGUCAGAGGUAGACAAACCAUAUGUGGUGAAAGUAUUAGAAGAUGGAGAUCUUGAAACACUUGGGCUAUUGGAUUAUGACAAGAGACUCACACAUUCAUUCACAGCUCAUCCAAAGAUUGAUCCAUUUACAGGAGAGAUGUUUAGUUUUGGGUAUGCACAUACUCCUCCAUACAUUACUUAUAGAGUUAUUUCAAAAGAUGGUUUGAUGCAUGAUCCAGUGCCUAUAACAGUACCAAACCCAAUCAUGAUGCAUGAUUUUGCCAUUACUCAAAAUUAUGCCAUUUUCAUGGAUCUUCCCAUGAUUUUCAGACCAAAGGAAAUGGUGAAAGAAAAGAAGAUGAUAUUCUCAUUCGACACUACUAAAAAAGCGAGAUUCGGUGUUCUUCCUCGGUAUGCAAAGGAUGAACUUCUAAUCAAAUGGUUUGAGCUUCCAAAUUGCUUCAUUUUCCAUAAUGCAAAUGCUUGGGAGGAAGAAGAUGAUGAAGUUGUUAUGAUCACUUGUCGUGUUGAGAAUCCUGAUUUGGACAUGUAUAGUGGGGAAGUCAAAGAAAAGUUUAGUGUAAACACUUCUUUGUAUGAGAUGAGAUUUAACAUGAAAACUGGUGUAGCUUCACAAAGACAACUUUCAGCAUCAGCGGUAGAUUUUCCUAAGGUGAAUGAGAGCUAUAUUGGCAGAAAACAACGAUAUGUGUAUGGAACAAGACUGAAUAAUCUUGCAAAAGUCACCGGAAUUGUUAAGUUCGAUCUGAAUUGUGAACCAGAAAAUAGUAAAACAUGUCUUGAAGUUGGUGGAAAUAUUCAAGGCAUCUAUGAUCUUGGACCAAAUAGAUUUGGUUCUGAGGCUGUAUACGUACCCAAAGUUAAAGGACUCGAUUCUGAUGAAGAAGAAGAUGAUGGCUACUUAAUAUUCUUUGUUCAUGAUGAGAAUUUCGAAAAAUCAAUGGUGCAUGUUAUUGAUGCAAAAACAAUGUCAGCAGAUCCAAUUGCUGUAAUUGAUUUGCCUUGUAGAGUUCCAUAUGGUUUCCAUGCCUUGUUUAUCUCUGAGGAACAACUACAAGAACAAGCAGAGUUCUAAGUUCUAAAGUCAUCUUUAACGUGGGGCGAAUCGAGUUGCAAAUUACUCAAGACUCUUAGAGGUCUCCCAACAUCUUUUUCUUUUACAAAUUUUUAAUUAACAUUUGUUCAUAUGGCUUUUGAAAAAAAUAUAUUUAAAAUCAUUUUAUUUAUUAAAUAAAAGUCCACAUUUUAAAAAAUUUGACCAAGAUCCCAUAAAAACUAUGUUAUAAUAAUUAAUGAGCUUUCACACUAAUCUUAAUUAAGAGAAGAUAACUAUAUCUUUGUAAUGGCAAUUAUUUCUUGUGCUUAAUGUUAAUUAACUUGCAAUUAGUCAUGGAAAUAUUACGUACUAGUAAAAUUACUCCAUUAUGAUUCAUCAAUGUUGUGUCUCAUUUAUUUUUCAUUAGUAAUGUAAAAUCGAUUCCAU